AUGUCCGUCAAUCCCGUCCCCACCCAAUCUUCUUCGCCGCUCGGUCGGGGUCGCUCCUCUUUUCUAUCGAAAUUUCGCUCGCAGCUCGGCCAACGGAAUCGCGGCGUAACCGAUUACUAUAUCGAACCAGACGACCCUUGGCGCUCAUAUUUCCCUGGUGACGUUAUCAAGGGGACUGUCGUUCUCACAGUCGUUCGCCCUGUUCGCAUUACACACUUGGUUGUCUCUUUGCUUGGUAUCGUCAAGGUCUUCAAGAACAAUGUCCCGGCCGGUGAGGCAGCUCCUGAUAUUGGGCCCCUGGGUCCUGGGCGCGGGCGUCGAGGCGCCGAGUACUUGGGCAAUGGGGUCGCAACGUUGUUUGAAGACGAGGUGGUUCUCUGCGGGGAAGGUCGUCUUAAGGAAGGAAUCUACAAGUUCCGGUUCGAGAUGUCUUUCCCGCCAUAUGCAUUACCCAGCAGCAUCAGCUUCGAGAGAGGCACCAUCUCCUAUAUGCUUACGUCCACCUUAACGAAACCUACAACUAUAAAUCCCACCAUCACAUGCCGUAGACGCGUUAACUUACUGGAAAGUAUUGAUAUCGCGGGUUUUCCGCCACCCAAGGCUCGGGUAGUCACCCUUGAGCCUGUUUCAAAGCGUUCCAAAUCGAAAGCAAAAACCAAACCGCCUGGUUCCGACGCACCUGAACCAGGGUCAUUGGAGCCAUCCCUAACUGGAGGAACUGCUGCCUCAGAGCAUCGACCUCCUCUUAGCCCGGCACCCAGCAAUGUUAGCUCAUCUAGUCGGCUCAGCAGCAGCAGUCAGAGUUUUCAGAUCGUGACGGAUCCCGGGUCUACCGCGAGUAGCGGUGUUCGAAAUAGUGAAGCCCGGAGCGUCACCCCUUCUGUGUCUGACAAGAAAAUAAUCACCGCCAAGGCUGAAGUUCUGCGCGCUGGCGUGCUGCCUGGCGAUACACUGCCGAUAAAAAUUACAAUUAACCACUCUAAACAAGUGCGCAGUGCGCAUGGCAUCAUAAUAACCCUCUAUCGACAAGGUCGUAUCGAUCUUCACCCCGCCAUCCCAGUGGGGUCUACGACCGAGGGUAAAAAGCCAGUUUACGAGGAUUACUAUCCCCGUUCGCGGACAGGCCUGGGCGGACUCACCAUUGGUACGUCUCGUGCCAGCAGCGUGUUCCGAAAAGAUUUGACACAAACAUUUGCGCCAUUGAUUGUCGAUCCCUCGAAUUUGACAGCUGAAAUCAAGACCUCAAUCCGCAUUCCGGAAGACGCGUUUCCGACUAUUACUCGGACACCGGGCAGUAUGAUAAACUUCAGAUAUUAUGUUGAGGUUGUCGUCGACCUUCGCGGCAAGCUGACAUCGCCGGAACGCUUUCUACCACGUUUCAACCUUGUGUCCUCUGGUGGCAACUUCUCCUCAAAUGGAAAAAUAGUAAAUCCAACUGAUCCGAGCGGGAGUGCGAUCACAGCCAAUUGGGGAGGCAAUAUCUUGGAUACCGACCAGAUUCGCCGUGAGAAGGGGGUUGUUGCUGUGGCCUUUGAAGUGGUAAUCGGGACACGAGAUACGAAAAGACGAAAAAGUGAAGCUCGUCGCACUUCAUCUACCGCGGAGGGGUCAGACAUCCAACAACCUACCGAAAACCCUGCUGCUAUUGCGACAGAAGGGGAAUCCUGGGCACCAGACUAUCAAGACAAUAUUCCCGGCGCGGACUCGGAGUACCCUAUGCCCGAUCUUGUUGGAUAUGGGCAAGAUCAUAUCCAAUGGUCAGAUUAUCCGGAUCAGCCGCCUGUGGAUAACAAUAAUCCAGUGUGCGGAGGAGCACUGCCUAGCCCACCAUCGGAUGAACCAAUGGACGAGAAGGCGCGGUUACGGCGGGCUGAACAGACUCUUCUGCCCAGCCAACCGCCGGGCGAGCCAGAAGCCGGACCUUCGUCAGCUGCGGAUACAGCAAUGCCUACCGCUCCUGUAAUCCCAGAGGAGGAUAACCUUGAUGAUUACCAUCAUGUCCCAUCGCCGGGCGAGAAUGGUAUGAACGGAAUGUUCCCCGCGUUGUCGGCCGAGUCUGUGCAGACAGUAGUGGCAGGAAGCAGCUCUACACCUGUCCUUGGACCCUCGCAACCGCCGGGAGAAGAUAAACAGGAAAUGGAGCGGCAGCGAUUGCUGAUGGAAGCAAGUGCGCCAGGUGAUCCGGACGCACCUCGUACUGAGCGCGCGGACGACGGACCGAGUGCGCCUAUUUUCCACGACGAUGAGGAUGAUCAGCACCUCGUUGGAGGAGUAGCGAAUGGGGACGAGCUACUGCCACGAUAUCAAAGAUAA